AUGAAGAAGCAUCUGAAACAACAACCCAAAUGCACGAAACACGAAGGCGAAGUGACACGGUUCUUUUGCAUAACAUGUGAAAUGCUCAUAUGCCGAGAUUGCACGGUCAUAAACCACUGCAAACCAGAACAUUCGUACGUCGAGCGUGAUGAGGCCACAUCAACUUACAAGCAAUCAUUGGAUGAACUGUUUUCUCCACUUGAAUUCACCAUGAUGGAUCUCCAGAAAUCACGAGAGAUAGUUUCAAGAAUAAAAGAAGAUUUGGGUGUCACAGUAAAGAAAGCCAUUACAGAAGUACAAGACAGAGCAGCUGAGAUACGAGCAGAGGUAACGGCUCAGGAAAAUCGCGUCAUUGAUGACAUCCAAAACAUCCAAACAGAUCGUGAACAAAAACUGGACGAAUGUGAAAAAAAUAUCGGCUUGGCAGUGGAGAGGAUUCAGUUUUCACUCCAUACAGCUAAAGAGGUGACAAAGAGUGCAUCAGAUAGUGACUUUCUCUCACUCUAUCCCACAAUCAGCAAGGACUUGAAAUGGUUGGCAGAUCAGAAUUUGCCUAGAGUUGACAACAGGCUCGCAUUUCUGAAGUUCAAGCAGAGUAAGGGUGUUGGUGGCAUCAGUCUGGGUGAGGUGGUGGUGGAGGGCAAAUGGGAGCUGUGUCGGGAGUUUGGUAGAGAGGGAAGCGGUCCAGGAGAGUUUAAAUUGGCUUGGGGCAUUGCUGCUCACCAACCUGAUGAGAUUGCAGUAACUGACCACUUGAAUCAACGAGUUGUGAUCUGCAGCAUCAACGGCGACCAGAAAACGAUCCCGAUGCAAAGAUAUCCACUCGACAUUGCAGCUAUACACACCAGCAAUCGCUUGGUGGUUGUUGAGUUUAACACAUCCAAUGUGAAGGUGUUCAACAGCGACAGCACGAUGGCAUACGAGUUCCCAACGGUGCCGCCGAGUGAGGUUGGUAAAACCAAAGUGGACCUCAGGAGUGUUGCUGUCAAGAGUGAUGGUACCAUCGCAGUGGGUGAUAUCGGCAAGAUGGUGUUGACUGAACAUAGCCCCACUGAUGGUGAGAUCCUACGCAUCAUACAAGUCAAGAUUAAACCGUUGUUUCUGGCUGUUGACAAUUAUGAUCGAUUUGUAAUCAGUGAUAGAUUGCAGACCGUGCAUGUUGCUGACAGCAAUGGUAAUUCACAACACACCAUUAAACCAACCAUUAAUGGAAAACAAGUAACACAGUGCAACGGUAUCUGUACUGAUAGCUCAGGUAUCUAUGUUGCAAUGCUUCAUGGUGUUAACACGGGACAUAUUCACCACUAUGACCCUCAAGGUGGCUUCCUCAAGUGCAUAGCACAGGGUCUGUACGAGCCUAUGGGAAUAACAUUGAAAUCAGAUGGCCAGCUGGCAGUGGCAGACCACUACUCAGUUAAAAUGUAUCACCAGGUGUGA